CCAAUCAACAUGCAGCGCGAGAGUUUUAUAAAGCAAUAAUAAAAUCUUUGGUGGGACAAAUGUUUACAGCGCACGCUCGCCCUUUAAUACCUCUCGCGUUUCAAUCUUUGUUGGCGCGCGAUUUUCUUUCUAAAGGGUUUGGAACAUAAUUACUCCUACAGUUAAGACUUAAGUCUUAGAUCCACCAUUAUAUAAACAAGUGUGGGAAUCUUAUAUAUUCUGCACUAGUCCCAAGUUUUUUUCUCCAAAUUCAUCUUGGCCUUGCUUAUUUUGCAGUACUAGAUAUGGUGAGAUCUGGCUGUGCUGCGGCAGAUAAUAGAAGAAUGACGGAAGAAAAUCCAAAUCAUAAAGAAAAGAAAGCAAAGUUGGAAGCAGAACAGAGAAGAAGAAUGAGAGAAGAAUAUGAAAAUCUUACAGUGACAGAACAGCCCAAAAAACAGAUGAAGGCGGCCGAAUCGAACACAAAGAAUACAAUAAUACUGGAAGAAGGAGACGCAAAUAUAUCUUCUGCUUCAAAACAUGGAAAGGUUGAUGAUGAGUGCGUAGAAAGUUUUAUGGAGCAACUUAAAGCCAAAGUGAAGAGUGAAGUAGAUUAUUCAGACUUCCAAAUCUUAGAAGAGGAUUUAGGGAAGGAUUUGACAACGGUUGGGAGAUUUAGUGUUCCGCUACGCCUGGAACAUAUUGCAAAGAGAAUCAAAGAUGGGUUUGGUGAUAUUACUUCACACAGUUCACAAAGUGACUGUGCAGCUAUGCCUACCUAUCUUCUCUUCUGUGCUGCAAUCAAAGAGAUGGAUGAUCUCAAACUAGACCAGGUCAACAAGACUAAAUUAUUGUUGUGGCGAGAUGCAAUUAACAAUGCCCUCAACCUUCAAUUCAAUGUGGAUUUCGCCAUUAAACACCUCUUUAAAAUUGCGCGUGCAUAUUUUGGUUUCAAAGUAAUGGAAGGGAAAAGCGGUGAAGAGAUGCUCAAGCUCAAGAAUGUAGAUGGGAAUCUGGAGGUCCCCGAAGAUUGUCUACGUGAAGCUGAAUAUUUUAGCGGCAAGCCUCUUAGCACCGGUCUGCUCCGCUAGUAAUUUUCUACCUAAAGCCAUGCCGCCUUUAUGUUUCUGCCUUUCGUCUUUGUCUUUGUUACAUUUUAAUGUCUAAUUUCUAUGUUUAAUGAAAUAGCAGUUAUGAUCUUAAACUUAUUCCUAAACAA